AUGACUUUACAACUAAUUAAAGAACAAAAUCGUGUAAAAAGUAUCAUCGAGAAGCUCAAUCUUCAGCUUUCAGAUGGUUCUACUAAAAUGCCUGCUGAUUUUGGUUUUCUCAAAUUUGAUGUUCGUAGUGACAACUGUACAAACAAUCGUUUAUCACAGUUCAUUCAUGUUGACAAAACAACAACAAAUGAAUCAGUAGCUGAAUUCAUCAUUCGUGCCUAUCGACUUCCUAUUCCUGAUCUGAUUUUAUCAAUUCAAACUGAUGGAGUUAAUAUCACUAAUGAAAAGACUAAAAGUAUGAUUCAUCGAGGAAUAGCUGCAACGGCGAAAAUAAUAAACACUUGGGUGAUGACAAAUGGAAGUAAUCAAGAUAUUAUCAGACUCAUUGGAAGUGCAUUACAAAAUGAAACGGUUGAAAAUGAUAUUCCCUGUAUUGGAUUCACUAGUUGGAAACAUCUUUCAAAUCAGAAAGAAACUCUUCGACGUAUGAAUACUUGUCAUUCCAAGACAGUAGUAGAUUCGGUUAAUUGUGAACUAGAACCGAAUCAUACUCAUUUCAUUCUUUUCAGUGAUGAAUUAUAUGAUUUAGAAAAGAUUCCAUUGAGACGUCAAAUGAUUGAACGACAAUUAAGUCGAACAUUGUUGCACAGUCAAAUCAACGAUGAUCAUCAUCAGUCGAAGAAUGUAUUUCGUCAAAGUAUUCCGAUUGUUAUGUUAUUACUUGGUGGCCACUUAACGACGCUCAUCACUCUAUGUGAAGGUCUCAAGAAUGAAACACCAAUCGUUACUGUUCUUGGCACCGGCUAUCUUGCAGAUAUUAUUGCAAGAUUAUGUUUAGAUCUUCGUUCUUAUGAUGAACUGAUGAAGACACUCUGGAAUGAUCGAACAGAUUUGAAAGAAAAAUUAAAAGAGAAAAGGAAUAAAGAUAUUCAAGAGUGUCGAAUUCAAAUAGAACGAUUGAUCAAUCCAACAGAAAAUGUUUUCGAACAGAAAAACAUAACAAUUCAAAAUUGUUUAGAAAUCAUCAUCAAAAUGCAAAAAUUGAUUGUUGUCUUUGAUGGAAUUGGACGUCUUGAUAAUCUCGAAGAUGCCAUUGCUGAUGCUUUGAGAAAUGAAAUCUAUUUUCAACGUGAUAGUGGAACAAAAGUCAAAGAUGGAUAUGAUCCACGAGCAGAAGAAUUAAAAUGGUGUUUGAUUUGGAAUAAAGAAGCACAUGGAGAACUGGAAAUUUUGAUCAAUUUUGAAGAUGAGAAUACGGCGUUCGUGGAAACAAAACGACGUUGGAUAAAUAAAUUAGGACAAGCAGCACUUUUCGAAGCUUUAUGUCGAAAUAACAUUCACUUCGUCGAUCUAUUGAUGGACAAUGGAGCAUCUGUAGAAACAUUCAGUGUCAAUGAAUUCAAGAUUAUUUGUGAGAAAACACUGAAUAAAUAUGCUUUAAAUCUUGAUUUGACUAAAUCCUCUAUUUAUGCAACGAAUGAUUCAGACAAGUUCAUUGAAGAAAUCUACAAAGCGUAUCUUUGGCAAUAUUUGGAACAUUAUGUAAAAGAAGAAAAUAGCAGAGAAAAAAAAUCAACAAUACAACAACUGAUUUAUUGGAAUAAUAAGCAUCAGUUUCAUUCAACGAAUAUCACGAAUAUUUUGUUUAACCAACAUAAAACUGAAGCACUUUAUCUUUGGUUAUUGUUUAUGAAAAGACCUGAAAUGGCAAAAUGUCUGUGUUCAAAACUUCAAAAUCAAACAGUAGCAACACUUUUAGCAGCUGCAAUUUAUUUCAAAGCAGCAAAGAAUAAUAUACAAAAUCGUCCUGCAUUAAUCAAAUUGGGAAAAGAAUUUGAUCGUCAUGCAAAGAAUCUCAUUGAUGAAUGUUUUUCUCAAGAUAAGAGUCUUGCUCAUAAAUUAAUUCAUUGCAAAGCUCCAGCAUUUUAUCAUUGUACUCCGCUGGACAUUGCUCGACGUGCUGAUUGUCGACGUUUUCUCGCCAGUGAUACUGUUCAAAGACAUGUUGAUCAAAAAUGGUAUCAUCAUUUCGAUACUCAUCAACGAUUUUUAAAUAUGCCAAUCUAUGUUUGGGUUUGCAUUUUAUCGUUACUUUUACCUCUUAUACCCAUUGGAGCUGUAUUGUUUCCUUCUCUGUACAAGAAAUCUUCUGUAAAUAAACAGAAAAACAAAUAUUUCAAUCGAUUUCGUUCACCAGUGGUUUAUCAAUGGACAUCAGCAGAUGAUAGUGGAGAGAAACGAUAUUGCGCACAAAUGGUCAUUUGGUUUCGUGAAAUAUGGCGUCGAAUAUUGUAUUUCUACGAAGCUCCAGUAGUGCGCUUUUAUUAUCAUGCUAUAUUCUUCUUCGUAUUUCUGACUUUAUUCAGUUACGUUCUUUUGGUUGAUUAUUUUCCUUUAAAUAAUUAUGGUGGAACACGUUCGGGUUUUCGCCGUUUAAAAAUUCCAAUUUCAGAAAUUCUUUUACAUAUUUCUAUUUGGACUUUAAUUAUCGAUGCGUCCUAUGAGUUAACAUCACGAGCACAAUUACAUUACGAUUAUGUUGUCAGCAGUUGGAAUUUGGAAGAUGUAGCAGCCGUUGUUUGUUAUUUGAUCGGAUUUAUUGCGCGAUUUUUUAUGAAUGAAUCCGCUUUUAUCGUCUCAAAAGUAUUCAUGUCCGUUGAUUUAAUUCUUUGGUCGAUUCGACUUCUUCAUCUGUUUUCUGCCUACGAAUCUUUGGGUCCUAAACUAAUGAUGAUUUCGAGAAUGAUUAAAGAUGCAUUUCUGAUCUUCGUUUUCUUCAUUCUGAUUCUGCUGCUUGCCUUUUCGGUCACUUCUUGGUCUCUUUUAUCAACCAAUACUCAAGUGAAUUGGAUCUAUGGAGACGAUGGUUCGUUAUUCAAUGUUACUGUACUCAAUGGCGGAAGUGGCCUUUGGACAUGGCAAUUACUUCGAGAUGUUUUAAAUUGGGGUAUAUGGAAAGUAUUUGGACAAAUCGAUGAACCUUUCAAUAAUCUUGUCAGCGAUAAUGAUGUCUAUGGAACAGUUGUUUUUCUAUUUGCAAUUAUCUUUGUGGUGAUAUCAAAUGUUCUUCUGAUGAACGUUCUCGUUGCCAUGUUUAAUGUGACAAUUCAACGAGUUCUCGAUCGAUCACAUCGAAUUUGGAGACAUCAGAGAUUUUUACUUGUUUAUGAAUACAGUCAAAGACCUGUUUUACCUGCACCAUUGAGUGUCUUCUAUUAUAUUUUUCAAUUGUUCACAUCUCUUUGCGGAUGUUAUCGACGGAAAUGUUUAUGCAGAUCAACACGAGUCGAUCGAAUUCAAGAUGAAUCAUCGGAAUUUAGUACUUCCGAUACCUCAUAUGAGAUCAAUUAUGAAAAAGAAAUUGGAGAAAUCUAUUGGAAACGUUGUGGAUUUGUCGUCGAAGAAGGAGAAGAACAGAACAAUAUUCUCAUUGGAAAAGUUUUAGAGAAAAAAAUUGAUAAACUCAAUGAUGGAAUUAAUCGAAUACUUCAAAAAUAUUCUUUACAAAAACCAGAUAUUCAAAUAUUUAAAAGUGAUAUUGAAUCUUCUACACCUCCUCCAUCGCCAUCAUCGUCUGAACUGACAACUCUGAUUGUUUCUUCUCAAGAAAGAAACAAUCAACACAUACGAAGAACCAAAGUGAAUAUCAUACGAUUGGUAGAAUGUGACAAAUCCCAUUCAACACCAACUUCUGAAAUUAUCAAUAUCAAUGUUUUACCUGCUCGAAAGGCUCAGUCAACUACAGGAUUAUCGAUCAUCAAUAGAUCACGCGUUUCAUAA